GUGUGGUAAAAUGUCUGCUGGAUAGACCACGUGACUCAUCUCACGUGACCCGCUGCUUCAAAUAAUGGCGGCGGCAGCAGCAGAAGAUACAGAUCUGGAGACGUCUUUACUGAGCUUCGAGAAGCUGGACCGAGCGUCACCUGACUUGUGGCCGGAGCAACGUAAGUUGAACUUUGCGCUGCACCGAGAGCACUGCGGGACCUCCUUCCUCCUGGGGACCCCUCUACCAAUUGCAAGUUCCCCUCCCAAGUGGAUGGCCGAGCUGGAAAACGACGACAUCGAAAUGCUAUCAGAAUUGGGCAGUCUAACCAUCACUAAUCUCAUGGAGAAGGUUCGCGGGCUUCAGAAUUUGGCCUAUCAGUUGGGGCUUGAAGAGUGUGAGUACCUGUCAUGUUUGAGUGUUCUUUCGUCUCUAUACAGGGGAAGGGGACAGCAGAGAGAAGAGGACCUGUCAUCUCUGGUAACCCUGAUAACGGCAGAGAGAAGAGGACCUGUCAUCUCUUACGACCCCGAUGACGGCAGAGAGAAGAGGACCUGUCAUCUAUGA